AUGCACUGCUAUGGGACCCUGAUCAACUAUCUCAGCUGUGGGUUCAUCCUGACAGGACUGGUGCAUCUGGUCCAUCACAGGAGUUUCCAGACUUCCUACGGGCGCCACAUGAAACUCUCUCCUCCAACUAGGAUGGUCCCAGCCAGACUAGCCUGGUUCCUCCAGGAGAUGCCGGCUCUCUUCAUCCCCCUGCUUCUGACACUCACUUCAUACAGACCCUCCAGCAUGGGAAAGACACUGCUACUUGGGACCUUUUCCAUGCACUAUUUUCAAAGGACAUUUGUCUAUUCACUACGGACCAGAGGAAAGCCUUUCCCGCUGAGUGUGAUGGUGGCAGCAGGUUUCUUCUGCUCUCUGAAUGGUUUCCUGCAGGGACACUACCUGCUGCACUGUGCUCAGUUUGAUGAUGACUGGUCAGCUGACUAUCGCUAUAAAACUGGUUUAGUGCUGUUUUACGUGGGAAUGGCCAUUAAUAUACACAGUGACUAUAUUCUGCGUAACCUGAGGAAACCAGGAGAAGUCAUUUACAAGAUUCCUACAGGAGGUCUUUUUGAAUAUGUGUCUGGUGCCAACUACUUAGGUGAGAUUGUGGAGUGGUUUGGCUAUGCAAUAGCUACCUGGGCCCUUCCGACACUCUCAUUUGCUGUGUUUAGCCUCUGUUUCAUUGGACCAAGAGCAUAUUACCAUCACAGGUUUUACCAGGAGAAAUUCAAGGACUACCCUAAGUUACGAAAAGCUUUGAUUCCAUUCAUCUUUUAAGAAAAGGUAUUGCUAUCAUCUUAUAAGGGAAGACAACAUCUGAGUUCCCCGUGGACCUAACAGCAGAAGACAAGGCAGUUUUGACACUACUAUUGU